AUGAAUUUAUCGGAAGUAUCAAAACAAUUACUCGAUGCAAAAAGAAAAAGCAAUUUGACAUUUAUGGAUAUUGGACAAAAGCUAGGACAUGAUGAAGUAUGGGUUGCUGCUUUAUUUUAUGGACAAGCAAGUUUUCCUGAUGAAAAAGAAUGUCAAAAACUACUUGAUAUACUCAACGCAAACUUAACAUCUGAACAGAUACGCGAAUUAACACAUCCACCACAUAAAGGUGCAACUCUUGAAUCAUUACCACCAAGAGAUCCAUUACUUUAUCGAUUUCAUGAAAUUCUUCUUCAAUACGGUGUACCAAUUAAAGAAGUUAUACAUGAAAAAUUCGGAGACGGGAUAAUGUCAGCUGUUGAUUUUACAGUUAAAGUCGACAAAGAUGAAACGAUGAAAGAAGCGCCACGAGUAAAUAUUACUAUGUCAGGCAAAUUUUUACCAUAUAAACGAUGGUGA